AUGGUCGAUAAAGUACUAUGGAGGUGGUUAGCUUUUGUCGCGUUCUGGCUCAUUACCUUCAUGCUUCUCAGCCACUGCACCAGGGCAUAUGUGGUGUCUUGUCCAGACUCGGCCACAGACAUAUCCAAGACUGUUCAACAGUCCGACUUCGUGUUGAGUGGCACCGUUGACCAGCUGCUGAAGUGCGAGGACGAACACUGCCAUGUUAAGGCGAAAGUGCGCGUCCUCAGGGUGUUCAAAGGCCAGGAACUCUUAACCGAUCGAAGAGAUGACCACGUGUUCAUCACCGGCAUCAACGAUCCCCUUACCUGCGACAGUUCUGUCAAAGCAAGGGAUACCAAGAUUUUUUUUUCAGUCCUCGACCCUCGCUACGAUGAAUUUCGUCUCAUAUCUGGCCUUCUUUCGAUCAAUAUUCACAACUUGGAUAUGGUUGAGGCAUACAGCGAAGGUUGGUAG